UUAUUUGUCAUGGUAUCCCUGAUCAAAGAGAACUUGAAGAUGGUGAUAUUGUAAAUUUGGAUGUGUCAUUAUAUUAUAAUGGAUUUCAUGCCGAUUUAAACGAAACCUAUCCUGUUGGAACUAUUGAUCAAGAAAGCCAAAAACUUAUUAAAACUGCCAGAGAGUGUUUAUACAAAGCAAUUGAAUGCGUGAAACCUAAUUUUCCAUAUCGUGACCUUGGAGCUGUAAUAGAAAAAACCGCCAAAGCAAACAAUUGCUCAGUAGUUAAGACUUAUAGUGGUCAUGGCAUUCACAGAUUAUUCCAUUGUGCGCCCAGCGUUCCACAUUAUACAAAAAAUAAGGCUGUUGGUAAAAUGAAACCUGGUCAUGUUUUCACUAUUGAACCAAUGAUAAAUUUGGGAACAUUUAGAGAUCAUCAUUGGAAUGAUAAAUGGACAGCAGUCACAGAAGAUGGCAAACGUAGCGCACAAUUUGAACAUACUUUGUUAGUAACAGAAACUGGAGUGGAAAUAUUGACUGCUG